UGGGUUGCGCCUCCAUCAGAGACCAGUUUAGCAAAAUCCCCGUUGAAGAGAGAGGAAGGUCUGGUGCAUGUCACCUACUGAGCCGAAAAAUAUAAAGAUUUCUCUGUGCGCAGUUUGGAAGACAGCUUUCAGUUCGUCGUGCACCCUGAGGUUCUGCAACGCAUCAUUUUUCUCAUCGAGGUUACGACCACCGUUAAAAGGUUUGCUUUAAGGCAUUUGGACUGGACUUGUUUUGUUUUGGUGUGCGCAAUGAUGGCCACUUACCAAAACCCGGAGGAUGACGCAAUGACCUUAAUGAUCCACGACACCAACACGACCAAGGAGAAGGAGCGCCCUAAAGAAGAGCCGGUCCAGGACAAAGUCCCGGAGAAGCCGGAUCCGUCCCAGAAACCACCGUACUCCUAUGUCGCUCUCAUUGCCAUGGCCAUUCGGGAGAGCACAGAGAAGCGCCUCACUUUGUCCGGUAUUUACCAGUAUAUAAUAACGAAGUUUCCCUUCUAUGAGAAAAAUAAAAAAGGUUGGCAGAACAGUAUCAGACACAAUCUGAGUCUCAACGAAUGCUUCAUCAAAGUUCCGCGGGAGGGCGGCGGGGAGAGAAAGGGGAAUUACUGGACACUCGACCCGGCCUGUGAGGACAUGUUUGAGAAGGGGAACUACAGGAGACGCCGCAGGAUGAAGCGGCCGUUUAGACCUCCACCGACGCACUUCCAGCCGGGGAAGUCCUUGUUUGGAGGAGACGGCUACGGCUACCUGUCCCCACCCAAGUACCUGCAGUCUAGCUUCAUGAACAACUCUUGGUCGCUAGGCCAGCCGCCGACUCCGAUGUCCUACACGUCCUGUCAAAUGGCCAGCGGCAACGUGGGUUCAGUUAACGUGAAGGGACUGUCAGCCCCCUCAUCUUAUAACCCCUACUCCCGGGUGCAGAGCAUGGCGCUCCCCAGCAUGGUGAACUCUUACAACGGCAUGAGUCACCAUCACCAUCCCGCGCAUCCCCACCAUGCCCAGCAGCUGAGCCCGGCCACCGCGGCACCACCUCCGGUCUCCUCCAGUAACGGAGCGGGCCUUCAGUUCGCCUGCUCCCGCCAGCCGGCGGAGCUCUCGAUGAUGCACUGCUCUUACUGGGAACACGAGACCAAACACUCGGCGUUACACACGAGGAUUGAUAUUUAAAGUUUACCAAAUGGCCUGCAAAAUGAGGACUCUGAGAGUGAGAGUUAAUUCCUGUGAUUUCAAAACAGAACCAAUAGUAUUUUGAAGAGACUAAUCUGACGAGCUGUUUGGGUCCAGCUGACAUGAAUGCCAAAGGGGAGGUAUGCGCGAGUUGAGAAAGUUUUACAAAAUGGAAUAGGGAGGUAAAGAAGUCAUCAGGACACAUCAGGUAGUACAACCUCUGGGAGCCAUUUCGUGCGCCUGUAUUACACUUGGACUGAUGGCCAUAACUCGGUAUUGUAGUCAUAAUUGUUGUGCCUAUGAAAAGAUUUUCAUUUGCACGGGGAUAGACAUCACUGACAUUGCUUCAGCUGUGUGUUAUUGUUAUGCGUAAUGACUUUUCUCAACUUUACGCACGGCUUAUCCAAAUAUUGCCAAAUGUACGUGAAUCUAAGAUGCCCUAAUUAAGUCAGUAAUUUAAUAUGUAAUUGAAUCAGAGCUCAUUUUGGCCCUCUUCGUAACUUGCUCUGAGCAAGGCCUGCAUGUCGAAACUUCACUUCCUGUCAUGGUUGUGAACUUUGUUGGGUUAACAGGUGAAAGUGAGGGUAGAGAUCCAUCAGACUGCCAACAAUACUAUUCAGGGUUUUUCAUAUUUCUUGAUCCCACAUGUAUGUAUAACAUAAUUUCCAAUAUGACGCCAGCCACUGCCAGGAUUUGUUAUUCUUUCUGAUUAUUAUUAUUAUUUUUUUUAUAAACGUGAUUAGCUAUAUUGUCUCAUUCAUGUUGGGGCCAUGUUUCAUUUUAAUUAGCACUUUUCCCUCUUUUCCAGGUUUGUGAAUUUCUUAAUAAACUUGUAUUUCUUAAAGUAA